AUGGAGGAAGACUGGGAGGGACUGUUGGAGCUGAAGGACAUGGCAAGGCGGCAGGGGGAACAGAUCCGUCUCCUGUCGCAGUGGGUGGAGCUGCUGCAGCGGCCUCAAGCAGGGUCGCCUGGGAGCCCCAAGGUGUGUUGGCGGUGCCGGCAGCCCGGCCACCUGGCCAGGAACUGUGAUGGGCAACGAGUCCCUGCUUCGCCGCGGCCCUCGCCGGUAGCCCAAUCGGGGCGCAAUGGGAGGCCCUCCCCUCGUCGGCCAGCAGGAGAUCUGCCGUCCCCUGGACUGAGUAGUGGCCGUGCCAGCGGAGCGCUGCCGAACUCAAGGGACAUGUCCAUGCCUCUCCAACCUCCAACCUGGGUCCUCUUACACUCAACCAGCCUGGAUGAUGUGUAUGCGUACGGCCUGUCCAGAGCCCUCAUCAAGGUGGCUCCCCCGGCGACCGUGGGGCUGUUCUCCAACUGCCCGAGCAGGACGGAAGCGGUGCUGAGGAAAAUAAGGAUGUACAUGAACAGGGAGGCAGACUGGAGGGAGAAGAAACAUCACGGCACCAAGAACAGCAGUGGCAGUUGGAGACCAGCUUGCGGCGGGUUCCUCUCCCUCCUCCUCUCCAUCGUGUUCCUGCGGCCAGUGUGGGGCGAGGAAGAGGAGCAGCGGAGGAAGAGGGUGAGGUGGAUCUUCGUGCAGUUCAGCGCCUGGCACUACGCGGGCAGUGACAAGCUGUGGGCAGGCCUGGUGAUCCGCCUCUUCAAGGCCAUCCAGAAGGACUUUGGGGAGAUGCCGCUGUCCCUGUACAGGUCCACGCAGCAUCCCUACCCCAAGAAGAUCCAGAGGGAAGCAGGGGGACGAGGAGGAGGAGGAGGAGGACAAAGGUCUUGCUGGAAGGUCAGGAAGUUCCUGUUCUUGCCUCUGUGGUUGGACGUCCUGAUCGCAGUCACCAUGAGCGUCGCUGCCAGCGUCGUGCUGUACCGCUCCGGUUUCCAGGCCCACAGCGACACCAAAUUGACCUGGACGACGCUCCUGGACUCGGUCGCAAUCGGCGCCCUAGGCCUUCCCACCGCGGCCGCUCUACGCGUCCUCUUCCGCGUGUUGAAAAACCUCUUCUACAACCAGGGCAGCAGCAUCCUGAAGCAGAUGAACAGCACCAGCGUCAGCGAUCAGCUGGGCUUCAUGAACAAGGUCAGGAAAGAGGUGGCCAUCUUGGUAAACUUCAUCCACUUCAUGGAGACCUUUGAGGAUAGGAAGAUCCGCGUGGUGCUGGAGAUCACCAAUCUGGAUCGCUGCAGCCCGGAUAAAGUCAUUCAGACGCUGGAGGCCAUCAACAUCCUGCUGGCAGGCGAGGACGUGCCCUUCGUCUCCAUACUGGCUGUGGACCCAGGGGUCGUUGUGAAGUGUUUUGAGAACUCGCUGUUCUUCGGCAGGUCGCGAUCGAACGGGCACGAGUUCCUCAAUCAGAUAGUCACGCUGCCGUUCAACGUUCCCGAAAUGUGCCUCCGGUCCAAGUGCGUGGCUUUCAGAACACUGGCCAACAGUCAUCUGGAGGUGUACACAGCAGCUGAACCAGAGGAGAGGGGCCAUGAUGGCACUACUAAAACCGUGAAAGGAACGGAGCCUGGAGAUCUGUCUGUGGUUCACAGCGAGAGUACAGUCCCGUUUAUCGACAAAUCAAAAUGGGACGACGAGGAAUCGCUAGCUAUGGCACUGACGUGGGAGGUCUGGGCGAAAAAAGUAAAAAGGCGGACUCAGGAGGCCUUGGAGUGCAUAUACGACGAAAGCAAACCACUGCACAUUUACCUGCCAGCAAACAGCGUGCACAUGAGACGCAUCAUAAACUCAGUCCGAGUGACUGUCAUCGUCACAGAGGCCGUCUACGGUGACCACUCCCGGGCCUCGGACAUCGCAGCCUGGGUGGUGUUGGUGAACACCUGGCCAUGCAGACUGAGCUGGAUCCUGCAGUGUCACGAGGACAGCCAGCAGAGGGCAGACUUGGACGACACUCUUAACGCACCGAGACUCACAAAGACGCUCUGGGAGAUCUUCUCCGAGUCCCGUGGGGAACUGCUAGGAGGACUCAGGAGCAGCCUGGAGUGUGUCAUGGAUCAGGACGGGGACCCGGAGCUGUUCGAGAGGUUUCUCAAGGUCGAUUUUAAAUUCACAGUCGCGGACGUGGUGAGAUUUGGGCCGUGCACUGUCAACCUUGACCACUCCAUUAAGAAAGAGCUGGCGAGGCUGAGGGAGAAUGGGCAAAGGAAUGUGACAGCUGGGAGGGAAUGCAAUGGGCACGAUAUGAGGAAGGGCAUUGCUCACAUGACUACAGAAGACAUCUGCUCAGAGAUGCAGAGGCUGAAAUUUCCAGUGAAACCCCAGCAGCUGCUGAGGGCCAGUGGGCUGCAGGGAGCGGCCUUGGCUUAUGGAGAUGAUGACGCCAUAAGAGAAACCCUCCAGAUGACUUCAGAGGAGUGGAGCCUCCUCCUCACACACCUCAUGAGGCUAAAGACAUGA